GGCACCGUUUGGUGUGUUUUGUUUUGUAUUGUUUUGUCUGUGUGUAAUCCGACGUCCUGUGUUUCUCGGUGGGAAAUGAAAAAUAAAAAGAAGAGUUGUUGUUAUGGGGAAUUCCAGGAGUAACGUUCCGCAGAAAUGUCAGAGGAUCCAACUUUAGAAAACCACUUUAAAGGCCAUAAAGAUGUGGUGACGAGUGUUGAUUUCAACCCAAACAACAAACAACUGGCAACUACCUCAGCAGACAAGUGCCUUAUGAUAUGGAACUUGAAGCCACAAAGCAGAGCUUACCGGUUUACAGCCCACGGGGACACGGUGACAUGUGCCCAGUUCUCCCCAUCAGGUGAACUGGUGGCAUCUGCUUCACGAGAUAAGACCAUUAGACUCUGGGUCCCAAAUGUGAAAGGAGAGUCAACUGCAUUCAAAGCACACAGUGCCACAAUUCGCAGUGUGAACUUCUCCAGUGAUGGGACUCUGUUGGUCACAGCAUCCGAUGACAAAUCAGUGAAGGUGUGGAGUGCCCAUCAACAGCGAUUUCUGUUUUCCCUUAAUCAGCACAACAACUGGGUUCGCUGCGCCAAGUUUUCUGCAGAUGGAAGGCUCAUUGUUUCCUGUAGUGAUGACAGGACUGUCAGGAUUUGGGACAGAAUGAGCAAAGAAUGUGUCUGUACUUUUCCUGAUCAUGGAGGGUUUGCCAAUUAUGUGGAUUUUAAUCCCAGUGGCACCUGUAUAGCUUCAGCAGGAACUGAUAAUACAGUGAAACUGUGGGACACUCGUACAAAUAAAUUACUCCAACAUUACAAAGUCCAUAAUACUGCAGUGAAUUGUUUGUCCUUCCAUCCUUCUGGUAACUACCUCAUUACUGCCUCUAAUGACUGCACUCUUAAGAUCAUGGAUUUGUUAGAAGGAAGACUAUUUUUCACUCUUCAUGGACACCAGGGCCCUGUAAUUGCAGUAGCAUUUUCUAGACAUGGGGAAUACUUUGCUUCUGGUGGAAGCGAUUCACAGGUAUUGGUAUGGAAGACAAAUUUUGAUGCCAUUCCUUACAAUGAAAUUUUGAAAAGCCAUCAUCAAAGAACAAAUCCUGAUCCAGCUCCUCAUAUCACAGACAUUCACCCAAGAGCUCAUUUCCUGCCUGCUUCCAGACCUCAGACUAUAGAGAUUAAUCCCAGGACCCAUGUGGCUGACUUGCAGACAUCAGAACCCAUUGUGAUAGAUGUAGGAGUGCCUCUUUUUGCUAAAUCCUCGGCAAAUGCAGCCGAAUCCGACUACAGACCAGUUUUAACAGACCAAGUGAGCGCGUCACGUGGAAUGCACCAAUCUGGCAGUGAACUUGUAACUUGCCCUUUGGAGUACCAGAAAGAGGUCCCACCAGCACUUGCAAGCACUUUACAGCACAUUGUAGAGCAAUUAGAUGUGUUAACCCAGACUGUUUCGAUCCUGGAGCAGCGUUUAACAUUGACAGAAGAUAAACUCCAAGAAUGUCUAGAUAAUCAAAACUACCCUUUGCAACAAGUCAGUCCGUCAGACUAAAUGGAGCAUGGAUUGGAGCUAAAGAAAACUUCCAGCCUGGGAACUCCAGUUACACACUUUACCUUUGUUUGUCAUACAAAUUAGAUGCUAACUUUUAAAAGUAUGGCAUCUUAAGUGGCCACUGUACGUGAAUAAGUACAAGAUGCAAGUUUACCUCUCAUGGGGUUGCAGCCUACACUUAGAUGCAGCUGCUUCUGGCACAGAAACUGUUACCUAAUAAAGUCAACAGGGUCAUCAAGUAUUAUGUGUAAUCAUUAAACUGUCUUUGUAUACAUUUCUCUACAUAUUUAUUUCUUGUGAAAUAAAGUGAACAUUUAUUCUUUUUCUAUCAGAAAUUCAAAUAAAUCACAUUGUCUGAAAGACAGGACGAUGAACAAAGUAAAUGCCAGAGUGAGACUUGUAAAAACAUUUAUUGCAUUUAUUGCUUCAUUUUAUACCUUUGAAGAAAUUUAAAGCUUUGAAAAUGUUUGUAUGUAGAGUUCUGAUUGAUUUGUAUAUACACUCCCAUAAAGUGAUUACACUUGUUUCAACACAAUUUAACCUGAAUGCAUAGAUAAACUUGCACAAUGUUUUUUUUCUCUUCUACUAAACAGAUUUGUACAUAUGACCUGUAGCACAAUGUUUGUUGAAAAUGUAUUCUAUUUUUUCCUCCCCAGACCAAAUGUGUUUUGCUAACCUUACCAUUAGAACUCAGCUGACCUGUGAAGCCAUCUCCAUUUUGUUACUGCAUUUAAGUUUUUAUAACAACAAAUAUUGUACUGUGUUGUUUUGCUGCAUUCUGUUCACGUAUUUGAUUAUCUUGAAGUAUGUGAAUUUUAAACAUUGUAUAAAAGUAUUAUUUCCAUACUAAAAA